AUGAACAUAUUGAGCAGGCGAGCAGAAGAAGCGUCCGCAAUGGAGACGGCGCCGCGCACGGCAGUGGAUUCGGGGGAGGGAGCGGCACGAAAUAUGGAAACAGAAAGAUCUAUCCUACAAAAGCUUGGCAGUUCCUGUAUGAAGCUGGGACAGUUGGCACUUGAUAAUUUCCAUGUAACACCAACUGUUGAACAAGAAAAUGCUACCGUAAUGGACUCUAUUCUGCAUCUUAUGUGGUUAAAGGAUCAAGUAACCCAACAAACAGUGGAACUAGAAACUGGUGUGAAAGCUUGUCUUGAAACUAAUUCAGGGACUGUGUCGGAAGAUAAUUUGAAAGAAACAAUUCAAGUGAUUGAAAGGGAAUUAGAAGAUGUAUCAAUCUCUUUCCAGCAGAAGAACAUGGCCCUCCAUAGACUUCAGUACACACAUGCUCUACGCGAAGCAGCACAAAUGAAUGAUAAAGAAGGGAAGUUGAUAAUGGAAACAAUUAAUCACUCUUUAGAUCUCUGUUCUGAGAUUAUAGCAACCCAGAAGGAAGUUCAGACUUUGGAAAAUGCCGUGUUUGAAGUUCAAAAGCAAAGACUAUUGUUGAAACGAAAAAUGCAAGGUGUAUUAAAAGACAUGAGAGCUGAAAAGAUGAAGCAGCAACAAUUGCUACAGCAGUUAGAGAAGGAACUUCCAAGACGUGGAGAAAAAAACUUGCAAGAACACUUUAAAAUGGUGACAUUAAUUCAGAAGGUUUUGCAGGGCGUUAUUCUUGCUAGUGGAGUGAACUGGGCCAAUGAUCCUGAAUUGAAAGAAAUAGUUUUGCAGUUGGAGAAUAAUCCACUUGAAGAAACAGAUUCAAUCCACUGAUAGAUUGCAUUUGAUGGGAAGGACAAAAGGAAGUCCAAUGUAAUUUACAAAGUAAUUAUUUACAUUAAAUACCUUUCCCAUCCCAUCACUGUCUGGUUUCCACCAUAAUGUGGAAAGCUGAAUUUUUGAACACCUUCUGGUCUGAAGAGCCAGACCUUGCUGGCCUGCAGUGCUCUGUCCCCUAUGCCUACCUGUCCCUAUCCUAUCUGGAUGAGCUGGGCCAGCAUUUAUGACUCUAUCCCAGAGUCCAGUGAGGACAAGAGCCUUAAGUGGGUAUUGUGAUGGGGCUCUGCCCCUAAAUUCCCCAACAGUAAACAAAGCUUUUAAUUGAUUAAAAUACUGUAAAUUUAAUCAUUUUUAAUGUAUCUGCCAUUUAUUGAAAGACUAUUGAAAUUAUUUAAAAAAUACAUUUAAAAUUCUUAAAUUUAAAGCGUAUUAUUAACUAAAAACAAAUAAUUAAAUUUUGCUAUUUAAAAGUAACUUGCCUUCCCCACUUUUUUCCUGUUGUCUCCAUGUAAGAUCAAUGGGAUGUGGGGUCUUAUGCCAGAUCAGAACCAGACCUGAGAGGCUUUUCUUUUUCCAUGCCUCCCAUUCUACUUGGCCCCUUCUCCCAUCUCCCAGAUGUAAUUCUGAUAUCGCCAAGACCAGCAAGCACACCUGAAUUUUUUUCUAGGGGCAGAGAAAACCUUUUGCCCUUUCAAAGUUUGUCACUUAAUUCUUCACUGUUUUUGAUGCAGCAUGCAAGACUGGGUUUUCAGUUUAAUUGGUGGAAUUUUGGCAGUGCAGUGGUCAACAAAAGUGCAUUUCCAAUUUGUUUCCAACUGUAGAGUUGCUUUUUUUUUGCUGAGUUUUUUUUACGGUAGUUUAAAUUGUGAUUAAAUGUAGUUUGUAUCUUAGCCUUCUUAUCUGUGGUGAAUAUAAAUUGGGAAGGAAUUAGAAUUAACUGAAAGAAAUUCUCAGUGAAAAAUUAGCUAAAUUAUUUGACAGAAUACUUUGUUGAUAUUGUAGUUAUUUCUUUCCCUUUAAUCCUGUCCAUAAUGAAUGUUCUUGUAAAUACUUUUCUGCUUUCUCAUUAAUAUUUAAUGUCUUUGUAAAUAUAAAUACUAAUAUGAUAAGAAUGUGCCCAUUAUAAGGGGAUAAAUCAUUUCAGAAUGUAAAUCUUAAGUACAUAUGACAAUAUUGUGCAUGCAAUUUUAUCCUUUAGUAUAAAACUUGUCACAUGAUUAUAUGCAGUAAUUCCAUUUUAUGUAAAAGGAGCAAAGAUAUGGCAAUGGCUAUAAAAUCAAUAAAAAUGAAUG